AUCUCAUAUAAGAAGUCGAAGCUUGAACUAAAUAAAAGUAAGGUUUACAUAAAUAAUUUCCAGAAAAUAUUACAAAGUUAAUUUCUCAAUUCACUUGCAUGUGGGUGCUGGGAGUGGCUCAGCCCAAUCUUCUGGACGUCUUUAUAACCCAAUUCUUGGUCCGUGCUAAGUGGACGGCGCCGCCUACGACAUUGUGAUGCCUAUGGCCACCCCCAAUCUUACGGACUACCUGCAUACCCGGCAGAAACGUCAUCAGCUGAUAUACAGGAACGGCGGAACAAUACGGCUGGUAGUCGGACCCGUGAUGCCCACCCAACUGGAGGAUGCGGUUUCCUGGCGUGGUUUGCUCUACUUCUGGACACUCCACUUUGGUGGAUACACGUUGCCCUCAGAACCGCUCUAUCCCUGGGAUAAAUGGGAGACGAUCUAUGCGCGAUCGCUGCAGGAGCAGGUCCGACGGUUGGAUGCCUCGCACGAGGACGAUACCCGACUGUUUGUAUACGAGAUCUUGGAGAAGUAUAUGGACCAGGCAAGUGGUUCGGUGGGUCUGGGCCGUCAGUGCUUGUUGCGCGGCAUCUGCGAGAAUGCCCAGAUACAUCAACACUUGGGAAUCGUGGCGGAGCUCCUGAACAUCUUGCUUACACCUGGAAAGGCGCGCUUAGAUCUUUCCUAUAGGGAGGCAUAUGCGGCGGGGCUAGCCGGCAGCCACUGCUUGGAGCAGUUCGAGGAGUGUCCGAGAGGAAAAAGUGUCUUGGAUGCUUUCGCAGUGGAUUUGGAGGACUGAAGGCUUUGCGGGCAGAGCUAAACGUAUGCUUUACAGAGUCUUAAUUAGACUUCUUAUUAGGUUUAAAAAAUUAAAAAACGUACAAUAAAGGGUAGAUGAAUCCUGA